AUGACUGCCUCCGUGAAGAUUUCUUUGCCCAAUGGGCUCAACUACGACCAACCCACUGGCCUUUUCAUUGACAACAAGUUCGUCGCCGGCAAUGGCGAAAAGUUUACCGUUUAUAACCCAGCAACUGAAGAAGAAAUCAUCACUCUGCAAGGCGCGUCAGAGGCCGACAUAGAUAAAGCUGUUGCCGCUGCUCGCCGCGCUUUCGAGGGAGAAUGGUCGGAGCUUGAAACGAAAGAUCGCGGCGCCCUCAUCUAUAAACUUGCCGAAUUGAUUGAGAGAGAUAGAAAGCUACUGGCAAGCAUUGAUUCCUUCGAUAACGGCAAGUCUUUCGCCGACGCAUAUGGACUGGACCUGCUUGAGAGCUACAAUGUUUUCCGAUACUACGCCGGCACCGCCGACAAGAUCAUGGGCAAGACGAUCGAGACGGGGCCCAAGAAGCUGGCUUAUGUGUUACAAGAGCCUCUCGGAGUCUGUGGCCAGAUUAUCCCUUGGAAUUAUCCCUUCAUGAUGCUCGCAUGGAAGAUUGCGCCGGCUCUAGCAUGCGGAAAUACUGUAGUGCUGAAACCUGCAGAACAAACACCUCUCUCAGCUCUAUACUUUGGCAACCUCGUCGCCGAAGCUGGCUUCCCCCCUGGUGUCGUUAACAUUGUCCCCGGCCUUGGAGGUGUAGCCGGCAAAGCUCUCGCGAGCCACAUGGACGUUGACAAGAUUGCCUUCACUGGAAGCACCGCCACCGGAAAGGCGAUUAUGAAGUCGGCCGCAAGUAAUUUGAAAAACAUUACUCUAGAAUGCGGCGGCAAGAGUCCUUGUAUUAUUUUCGAUGAUGCAGAUCUCGAUCAGGCCGUGAAAUGGAGUCAUGGCGGUAUCAUGGACAACAUGGGUCAAGUGUGCACAUCAACAUCUCGAAUCUGCGUACAAGAUACCAUCUACGACAAGUUCCUCGAAAAGUUUACCGAGAGAACCAAGGAGCUCGCAUCAAAGAUUGGCGAUCCUUUCCACGAAGACACUUACCAAGGCCCUCAAGUAUCCAAAGCGCAAUUCGACAGAGUUUUGGGCUACAUCGAGGAGGGCAAGAAGUCUGGCGCCCGACUACUCCAUGGCGGUGCUAAGCACGGCGACAAGGGCUACUUUAUCCAGCCCACCAUUUUUGCAGACACUACGGAAGACAUGAAAAUCGUCAAAGAGGAGAUCUUUGGCCCCGUCGUUGCCAUUUCCAAGUUCAGCACCGAAGCAGAAGCCAUCGCCAAGGCAAAUGACACCUCAUACGGAUUGGCCGCCGCAGUUUUCACGCAAAGGGUGGCUAGAGCACACAAAGUUGCUCGCAAGCUUCAAGCCGGCAUGGUUUUCAUAAACUCGUCUGGCGAUUCACAUUUUGGCAUUCCGUUCGGCGGCUACAAGUCGUCCGGCAUCGGUAGAGAGCUUGGCCAGUACGCCCUGGAUGCCUAUACGCAAUCCAAGACAGUCCAUGUAAAUCUGGGCACCGAGCUGUAA